GGAGUAAAGCUGUGCUAGAAAUUGUUUGUAUUGGUGCAACCUUCUCUGAAGAGUAAGGGUUUUCGCAUUUCGAAAUAUUUGGUAAUUUUUUGUUAGUUUUUUUUUUGUUAUUCUGGAUCUGGAAAAGAAGGUUGGAAAGUGUGGUGCCCCUGUCGACGGAUCCUAUCUGGCGUUUUGCGGCUCAGCUCAGAGCGGUGAGAGAUAGUGGCUCAGACAUCGAAGAGUUGCUCAGUUUCGUCCGCCGUGUGCGACCGUCGAAUACGCGUUUCCGCAGUGAAGAGAGUGAGUGCCGUUCGUGUGUGUGUGUAUGUUUCAUCUCACCGCAACGAAGUGAUGAAAAGGAGGUCCUGAAGUAUCCUGUGAGAAGGACACGCACCGUCGUUCACGAGAGUGGCCCCAGUUUUCUCGCACCGAUGCCACUCGCUAAUUGGUAACAAAAAGAAGAAGAAACGGCAAGAAAGAGGAGAACAAAAACAGGACACGCGCUCUCAACGCCCUAAAGAACGAAGGAAGGACUAAGGAGGAAGCGGAGCAAGUCGCGCUGAACGACAGCACCAUAUAGGUGUGGUGCCAUAGCAAAGGGGUGUGCGUGUGUGCUCGGUGAAUCCGGAGAGGUGAGACAGUGACGUGAAGCCGGUUCCGAAUGAUGGCUACAGCUAUUCAAAAGAAUGGCAUAAAAUCGUUGUCCAAUGGGAACGGUUUGGUGCAGGACCUGCAGACGCUGACCGGAUACUCGGACGUCGUGAACACAGGAUGCGCCGUCGGUUCGGGGGAGCAUGGCCUACAGGCCGGAGGAGAGAUAGACUUGCAGCAGGAGUACCAGGAGGAGUUGGUGCAAGAGCAACAACAGACCGACGAACCGGAAAUAGACAUUGUGAUCAACAAUGUGGUGUGUAGUUUUAGUGUGAGGUGUCAUCUGAACUUGCGCGAGAUUGCGCUGAACGGCACGAACGUGGAGUACCGCAAGGAAAACGGCAUGAUCACUAUGAAGAUCCGCAGGCCGUACACGACGGCGAGCAUCUGGUCUUCGGGGAAGGUGACGUGCACGGGAGCUACCAGCGAGAUCCAAGCGAAGAUCGCGGCGCGGAGAUUCGCGCGUUGUCUCCAGAAGCUCGGCUUCAACGUGCGCUUCAACAAUUACAGGGUGGUCAACGUUCUGGGGACGUGUUGCAUGCCCUUCGGCAUCAAAAUUAACACGUUCGCGAAGCAGCACCGAAACGCCGAGUAUGAACCCGAACUGCAUCCUGGUCUCACGUACAAACUAAAGCAACCCAAAGCAACACUCAAAAUAUUCUCAACGGGAAGUAUCACAGUCACAGCGCCGAGCGUGGAUCACGUGCAAGCAGCCAUCGAGCAUAUCUUCCCGCUCGUCUACGACUUCCGCAAAGAACGAACGCACGACGAACUUCAAUCCCUGAAGAGACGGAAGCACAAUCAGGUGGACGAAGAGCCUACGGCGACGACGACGAAGAAGUUGGUCACGGAACAAAUGUGUACGGAAGUUUAUGUGCGAAGGGGCGGAGGAUGUGACUCAGAGAUUGAUUAGUCAAUGUUAUGAUGUUAGAACGUCCCGUGUGUUAUUUACAUUCAUACAUACAUGUAUCUAACGAAACAAAAGCAAAGCAAAAUAAUGCACACAGACACAUACAUACACAAAACAACAAAACUAAAAGAAAAACAGUAGUAACUUUAUAUAGUGCAUAUAGUUUACGUAACAAAGCGGAGCGUUUAUGAGUAGAGAGAGAGAUAGAGUGGAGGGUAUUCGAAGAAUGAAAAUAAGAGAACAAAAGAAAAACUGUUUGGCGGAUUUUCGAAAUUGCCACCUAAUUUUAUUAAUAGUAGUUGUGAGACCAAAAAAAAAACAACAAAAAACAAACAAAAUCAGCAAACUUUAUGAAUUAUUUAUAUACGAGGUUUGUGUGUUUGUUGUGUUUCUUUGUAGAAGUGAUCGAGCAAAGCAAUUAUAUUAGUGAUGGAAGAAACUUAAGAGAGAGAGAGAGAGGAUGGAUGAAAAGCAAAAACUAGACGUUGGUUACAUUACUCAAUCUUCUCAUCUCCCCUCGCGCCAAUUCCUCUCCAUCUGUCUCUCAAACUUUUCUUCACGUUUUCCUUUUUGGAGGGAAAACGGACGACUACAAGGGGAGGGUUAAGCUGAACCAACAAAUUUUUAUUUAAAAAAAAAUAUACUUAUUAUUAUUAUUCUUAUUACCAAAGCUGUAGUAUGUAUAUUUGUGAUCUAUAUUAUGUUUUAUUAUCUUUCUCCUGAAACGCGAAUAAAUUAGUAUACACACACACACCUGCAUCU